GCUCGAGUGACUCGCAAAAGCUCGUGAAUACAUUUAGAAUCGUUCUAACCUGUAAAGUGUGAUCAAAGAGUUGAAAGAAAAGUGUUACUUUGCAUUGAUUAGAAACGCCGGAAAUAAAAUGCCAGAAAGUACCAAAACAGAUACAAAACCCGUUACAAAAGAAGUAAAGAACGGAAAAGAAGACGAUAAGAAUGAACUGUCAGAAGAAGAUAAACUUCUACAGGAAGAAUUAACUCUGCUUGUGGAACGCUUGCAAGAUGUCAACACAAAACUGCACUAUCCAGCUUUAGAGUCUUUGCGUACACAUAUUCGUGCAUCAACAACAUCAAUGACUAGUGUACCAAAGCCACUGAAGUUUAUGCGCCCUCAUUAUGAUACAAUGAAGAAUAUUUAUGAGAAGAUAAUUGAUAUCAAAUGCAAGGAAUUAUGUUCUGAUAUUAUUUCAGUUUUGGCAAUGACUAUGGGUGAGGGUCGGGAGUGUUUGAAAUACAGAUUAACAGGAUCAGCACUACCAAUCGGUGAAUGGGGGCAUGAAUAUGUUAGACAUUUAUCUGGAGAAUUGGCGGGAGAGUGGGACGAAGUUUCAGACACUAAUGCUGAAGCAACAAACAAGAAAUUGCUUGCACUGGUACAUCAAAUUGUGCCAUACAAUAUGGCACAUAAUGCAGAAACAGAAGCAUGUGAUCUAUUGAUGGAGAUUGAAAGACUCGAUUUGUUGGAACAGUACAUUGAUGAAAGUGUAUAUCAACGAGUAUGUCUCUAUCUUACGAGCUGCGUGCCUUACGUAGCCGAUCCAGAGAACAGUACUCUUCUUCAUGUUGCUUGUAAAUUAUAUAGGAAAUUCGAACAAUAUCCGCAAGCAAUCAGGUUGGCAAUGCAAUUGAACGAUUUACCACUUAUCGAGUCUAUCUUUACAAAUUGUAAAGAUCUCUCUAUACAAAAACAAUUAGCCUUUAUGCUGGGUCGUCAGCAGAUCUUUCUGGAAUUUCAUGAAGCUUCAGUAGAAGAUGACGAUCUUUUUGAGAUAAUGUCUAAUUCUCAUUUGAACAAUCACUUCUUGAAUUUAGCACGCGAAUUAGAUAUAAUGGAGCCAAAGACACCUGAGGAUGUUUACAAAUCUCAUUUAGAAAACUCACGUCCUCCAUUUGGCGGUGGCCAAGUCGACUCUGCACGUCAGAAUCUCGCGGCAAGUUUUGUAAACGGCUUUGUAAACGCUGCGUUUGGUCAUGACAAGCUCUUAAUCGAGGAUGGUAACAAAUGGUUAUACAAGAACAAGGAGCAUGGUAUGCUGAGUGCAACUGCGUCCUUAGGUUUGAUCUUACUAUGGGAUGUCGAUGGAGGUCUAACGCCGAUAGAUAAGUAUCUUUAUUCAUCAGAAGACUACAUCAAGUCUGGUGCUUUGUUGGCCUGCGGUAUCGUCAACUGUGGCGUAAGAAACGAGUGCGAUCCUGCCUUGGCUCUGCUGUCUGAUUAUGUAUUACAUAAUAGCAAUACUAUGCGAAUCGGUGCCAUUGUUGGUCUUGGUAUUGCAUACGCUGGUUCAAACCGCGAAGCUGUAUUGGGUUUGCUAACACCUGUCCUUAGUGACGUCAAAUCAAGCUGGGAGGUGUUAGGCAUGACUGGUCUGGCAUUAGGAAUGGUUGCAGCUGGCUCCUGCAAUGCUUAUGUAACUACAGCAAUUAUGCACACACUGAUGGAUAAGUCUGAGUCUGAUCUCAAAGACACGUACGCGCGAUUUUUAGCGCUCGGUCUAGGUCUGUGCUUCCUAGGUAAGCAAGAGGCGGCAGAGGCGAUAAUAGCGGCCUUGGAAAUAGUUCACGAGCCAUUCAGAUCAAUGUCAACAACAUUAGUAGAAGUAUGCGCAUAUGCCGGCACAGGAAAUGUCCUCAAGAUCCAACAUUUGUUGCACAUUUGUUCGGAACAUUAUGAACCGGAGAAAGAGAAACACGAAGAGAAGCACAAAGACAAGGAUAAGAAGGAAGAGAAAAAGGAGGAAAAAGAGAAGGAUCUUAGUUCGAAGCAAGCUAUUGCCGUCCUCGGUAUCGCUCUAAUCGCUAUGGGAGAAGAAAUCGGAGCGGAAAUGGCAUACAGAACAUUUGGUCAUUUGUUACGCUAUUGCGAGCCCGUUAUUCGUCGUUCAGUGCCUCUAGCUUUGGGUCUCAUUUCGGUAUCGAAUCCAAAGUUGAACAUUCUAGAUACGCUGUCUAAAUUCUCACAUGACAGUGAUUCAGAAGUAGCGCAUAACGCAAUAUUCGCUAUGGGCCUGGUUGGCGCUGGCACGAACAACGCGCGACUGGCUGCCAUGUUGAGACAACUCGCUCAAUUUCACGCAAAAGAUCCUAACAAUCUCUUUAUGGUGCGUAUCGCACAAGGUUUGACUCAUCUCGGUAAGGGUACGCUCACGUUAUCUCCCUAUCAUAGCGACAGACAGCUACUAAGUCCUGUUGCUCUCGCUGGUCUUUUGUCAACACUCAUUGGUUUUUUGGAUGUAAAAAAUAUUAUUCUUGGCCGUUCGCACUAUCUCUUAUACACACUGGCUGCUGCAAUGCAGCCCAGGAUGCUAGUGACGUUUGAUGAAGAGUUGAAUCCAUUAGCUGUGCCGGUGAGAGUUGGACUCGCCGUUGAUGUUGUCGGUCAAGCAGGCAAACCGAAGACUAUAACAGGCUUUCAGACGCACACUACUCCAGUAUUGUUAGCUUACGGUGAAAGAGCAGAACUUGCCACCGAGGAGUAUAUACCAUUGACACCGAUUAUGGAGGGUUUCGUAAUUUUAAGAAAAAAUCCAGAUUUUAUACCUUAGUCGUACUUUCGAUGAUCAAUGUACUUUGUAUUAAACUAUUUUUAAGAUAGAAUAUUUAAUAAAGCAUAUGUGCAAAUUACUGUAUUA